CAUUGCAAGUCCAUUAAAAAUGCCGAAAUCAAUGCAGAUUUGAAGAUUAAAAAUUCCACGCGAUUUGAAUGAGCUCAGUUGUGAUAAAAUCAUACCUGAACACCAGAAUAUUUGACGGCACGACAGCUUAUGUGGAUCGCGCGGAUUGAGAAACCCGACAGAAUGAAGCGAUCGGAGUAACGCCCUUAAUUUUCCAAAUUCUUACCCCAAUUUCUCGCCAUUUUUACCGAAUACUGUUUUGACUGACAGGCUCCGGAACGGGCGCGUAAUUUUCAAAUAAUUUUUCUCUCCGUGUCAGCCGCAGUGACAUAAAAGACACUUCUACAGCCUAAUGACCUAAUCCACUAUUUUCUCAGCCGCCAAAUUUUGUUCUGACAAUUGCCCCUGAACGACGAUUGAGUACCACUGUUCUGGUGACAAUAUUUCGUUGUGACAAUGUAUUGGGUACCAGAGAAUGGACAAAUACAUUGGGUGUUGGGUGAAACCACGCAACAAGGCGCCAACGAUAAUCAUACAAGUUCCGUGCUCGCUCGUGUGGACUGGUUGUCUUAUACGAGCAUGCGCAAAGCUGUAUGACGAUAGGUUACCAACGAUAUACCAACCCAAAGCAACCCCGGUACGGGUGAAUUUUACACGUGUAUGAGUGAUCGCAACAUACAUAGACGAGAAUAGGAGAAGAAUUUCGAGCCAACCCCCUCAGCCCCUUCUCGCAGUUGAAUUUAGACGGAAAUUUCACUCACUCAACGGGCGUGAUACUGCAGUUAUGGUAGUGCGCGAGUUAACACGUUUAUCUAGGCAUUUACCCGACGUAUUGUGGUAUUCAGAAUAAUAUGAUAAUAGUAAUUGUUUGGAUAGUAGGGGGGGCUUGACAGUUGGCCCUUGAAAUUUUUUAGUGAAACGACACGCGCAUUAACGUGACUCGAAUUGCGGGGAAAACUAUUGAAAUUGUGAGAUUAACAAUGAAACGUGAGGGGAUGAGAAUGUGUUUGAAUCGUUGGUGCGCAUAUAGUACGGUAAAAUAGAGGGAUAUGGAUGGGUAGAGGAGAAAACAAAACGACGAUUUUUUGAAUGAAGGGAGCACAAGGUGAAGGAGGGAUGAAAAAGAGGAGAGAAUGGAGAAUAAAAGAGGGGUAGUGUAGACACCUCGGUUAUAUGGGUGCGUUUGUUUAGGUCCCAAAACAGGAGGGGCACUCGAGCCACUAAUCUAUUUAGCCAUGGUGUUUGAUAUGGAAUUAAUGAGAAUUCCCCAUGCCUUACCCAUCGCCAUUGGCUUUUAUUUCCCCGGUGAGUUGACGUUCUGGGUGUCUAUUGGAAGCGAGGAACUCGAGAAUACUAUUUCGUCAGCGGCUGUAGCUCCUCUUGAUACCGUAAAGGAGUAGCCAGCUGUCCUUUUUGGCGUUCCACCGAUGAGAUUCCAAUCUCAAGACCCUCACUGCCUCCUUCACUCUUCGCCACAUCCUUUAUCUCCAUCGUAAAAUCUUCGAAUGAGAAUUAUUCUUUUGUUUAGGAGUCUUUAAUUGCUGAAUACAUCUGAUCGUGUCCUGUGACAGUAAGCGCCGCACUCGUUUCAUCCUCACCGUCACCAACUGUGCCAAUACUGAGCAUAGCAGCAGCAGCAGCAGCAGCCAGUGGCAAUCAUUCACUGACAACCCCAAUACCGAGUACAAGAAUGGCUGUAACUAGUGCAAUUGUUAGACCACCGGGUAGUCCAACAACAUCGGUAAGUCCAUCAUUACCGCAUCCACCACCAUCCAGUGCCAGUGGUGGUCCAGGACCAGGUACAAGAUGCUGUGAUACUGGUAGACCAUUGUUCAAUGAUCCAAGAACAGGUCAAACAAUAUGCUCUUGUCAGUAUGAACAAACAUUACUCAGUGGUUAUCAACGUCUCAAUGGUAUUGCACCAGCUGCAUUGUCAAUGUACAGUGCACCUUAUGCAGCAGCAGCAGCGGCAGCCGAGGGUAUGGCAUAUCUACCAACAUUUGGAGCUGAACAGUCACCUUUUUAUACGCCCACAGGCGUCGGCCUCGAUCUGAAGGAGAACCUGGGGGCCGGAGCAGCCUGGCCAUAUCCCUCUGUUUAUACACCCUACGAUCCUGCCUUCGCCAGUUAUCCCUUCAAUGGUUAUGGAAUGGAUUUGAAUGGAGCUAGACGAAAAAAUGCAACAAGGGAGACAACGAGUACGCUGAAAGCGUGGCUGAACGAUCACAAGAAGAAUCCAUAUCCAACGAAGGGUGAAAAAAUAAUGCUGGCGAUAAUUACCAAAAUGACACUGACCCAGGUAUCAACGUGGUUUGCCAAUGCAAGAAGAAGACUCAAGAAGGAGAACAAGAUGACGUGGGAGCCGAGGAACAGGGUGGAGGACGAGGAUAAUAAUAAUGAGGAUGACGAUAGUGGACGAAAGAGCGUAGACGAGAAAGAUCGACUAGACUCGAAAGACUCGGGAACGGGUUCCAGUGAGGACGGCGAGAGACCAGCUCAUCGUCUAGAUUUGUUACACAGUUCUGGUGGUGCAUCCGGUGGUUUGCCAGGUAGAACUGAGAGUGAAUGGAGUGAAUCGCGCGCCGAUAGUGGACCCGACAGUCCUGAGUGUCUGUUUGAUCAGCGUGAACCGAGGCAUCCACUUCAACUACAACAUCCAGCAUACUUAGCUGCUACACAUGGUAGAUUACUCAGUCAUCCAUCACCUGAAAGUACAUCACCCGGUGGUGUUGGUUGUGGCACAAGUCAUGUACCACCAUCGACAAGUGCAUCGUCCACAGGAAGUGGACCGACCAAACCACGAAUUUGGUCAUUAGCUGACAUGGCUAGCAAAGAUGGUGAACAAACAAAUACAAAUUCAGCAAUUACUGGUUUAGGAUCACCAUAUGGGAGUGGCAAUGGUGGAGGUAAAAUUGUCAGUCCCUUGGCUAGUCGACUACCUCAUCAUCAUCCACUGCAUCCAGCAAUGCAUCCUGGUGCACAAUUUGUCAGGCAUCAUCCCGAUUUCUAUAGAAACUUGUACAGUACCUCACAUCUUGGAUCUAGUGAAAUGGCAUUGUUAGAGACUUAUUCAAGAACACUGGGUGGUCUUGGUGGUGUUAUACCACCAACAAGUGUUCCUGGUAUUUUAACAACUGUAUCACCAUCAGUGUCAUCAGCAACGAGUAAUAUCAAACCAUUUACGAUAAAUGGUAGUACAAAUUCUGGUCCACCUGUUAUAUUGACAGCAUCAUCUGGUGUAUCACCAUCAUCAUCAUCAACAGCAUCAUCCGGUAGAUCGGACCAACAAUCACCACAUCCAAGUGGUGGUAGUCAUCCACCGUCGGAGCUCAAAUCUCCUGGUCGUGUGUGAUUUCGUGAUAGCCGUUAGGUCGUGUCUGUAAAUUUAUUGUAAUUCAUUCUGAUAGAAUGGGGCAGCGGGGCGGGAGGGGGGGGGGGUAAAUAUAUUAUCAACGGCAACACGGCACAAAUGUUUUUUUGUGGCUGACAAUAAAACAGACUCCAAAUAUAUCUUGUAAAUUAGUGUACAGUUUCAAUGAGUUUUAAUGAUGAAAAGGAAUGUGAGAUAAUAUCCCCUAUCCACUCUACCCCUUUCCCUUAUCCAAUUCCUUUUUAUCUUUUAUCGAAUCCACGUUUCAGUACGAAUACGAAUGAAGUACGUGAGAGUAUGGAUUCCCGAACCAAAACUGAUUGUAGCCCAAAUUAUGAAACAGAAAAAUGGAGAAUGAAAAAAGCGUAUACCCUAGCGAUGAAUUCGAUAUUAUGUAUAUGAAUCGAUAAAUAUACAUAUAGUGAUGAUUAAUAUUAUUAUUUAUGCGUUUGUAAAUAGUAGUCAGGGGGCUGGUCCAACGCCCAGUCACAAAAGAAGUGAAAACAAAAGUGUAUGUAUUGUAUGUAGAGUAGAAAAAAAAACACACAGCAUUAUUAUUAUUAUAUAAUCAGAAUCGUAAUUCGUGCUAAUUGAUGAUGAUUUGUGACGAGGACUGACCGACGAUUCUUCUAUUAUUGUUAUUGCAAUGUUUAAUAAAACUGGAAACGAAAAAAUCAGUGAAAAAUAAAUACAACAGGUCGACGCGGUCUCAAGGGUAUUGAUAGUUGAUUCGAGGCUGGCAAAAGUGGCGAAUAAAAAAAAAACAAAUGCAAUGAGAGAAACAAACUUUGUUAGUAAUUUUAUGGCUUCAAAAGUACAUUCAUUCAAAUUGAGACUCUGUUGCCCGUCUUGUUGCAUCGUACUCUUCUUAAUUUUACGUUUCAACAGAGUGAUGUUUUUAAUGGAAAUAAAUAAAAAGGCCGCGUCGCACAUAUCACGUCGACAGUCAGCACGAUCACCAUCAAAACCUCUUAGUCAUUCGUGUCCAAAAUUCCUGAACGCCGGUGUUUUAAUCAUGAAAAAGUCACCCCUGAUUUUGCCACAUUGGUGAAAAUAAUUGAAAAAAAAAAUUAAUUCAACCAAAAGAGAAUCACCAGCGUGAAAUUUCGCAAUAAACGAAUCAUUAUGGAACAUAAA